UAUUAUUCUGUUUCCAAACCCUAAACUCCGCUCAACCAUGGAUCGCAGCCUAGAUUGCAGCCGCCGCCGCGCCGCCAUCGCCUGCGUAGUUGCAUCCACGGCCUUCUCAGCUGCCGCCUUUGCCUACGCAACUGACGCCCCUGUCGGCGACCUAGCUGCCGCCGCCGCCCACGCUGCCGCUUUGGGCUACGCAGCCGACGAAGCGGCCAACGCAGCCAUCGAAGCGACCUACGCAGCUUACGAGCCCGUCGGCAACCCAGCUGCCGCCGCGGCCUACGCAGCUGCCGUCGCGGCGGCAUUUACAGCUGACCAUCCCGUCGGUGACCCAGCUGCUGCCGUCGUCGACGGGGACGACCCCGCCGCCGCCGCCGCUCCCGUCAACAACUCCCCCCUGCCGACCCCGACCCGCCGACCCCGAUCCAGUCAACAACCCCCGCCCCCCGCCGAUCCGUCAACAACGACAAUGUAAAGAGGGGAGACUGCACCGAGCCGGUGGAACGUGCCUGAAUAGUUCAGUUAAGGAGGUGUCAGAAAAUUAAAUUUGGUCCAUUAUGAGACACUAAUGAAUGCUGGGACCAACUUGCAACAGCCAAUUGUUUAAAGAAUAUCGCAUUAAUUUCAAAGGAAAAUGAUAGGUAGGACAAACAAUUAAAUUUAGAAAAUUAAAACUGUGAUUGUAUAAAAAUGUUCUACUUUUAUUCAGCACCUUGCAUUUUGUCCCUUAUUAAAAAAUUGGGGGUACAAACCCAAUUAAUUGAAAUAUGAAGGUAAAUUGUUAAUUACUCCAAUCUUCUACCUGGCCGAGGAGGGACACGGCAACGGCAGCGACCGGCGCUCCCACCAAGAAAAUUAAUUGGCCCCUUUUUUAUCUGUUUGCAUUGAUUUAUUACGGACCGUGAGAUUCGUAUCAGAUGGUCAUCGUUUAACAGUAGGGCACGAUCUGCGUAUCAUCUCGCCGGACAGGAGGCAUGGACAAAACUGCUUCACCUAAAAUGGUCAAGAUGCUAUUUUUUGGUUGGAAGAUGGCAGCAGACCUAUAGAAGAAAGCUGAUUUGGGAGGGAGAUUCAACCAUCCAAUUUCGAAAUUUGAAUUUCAAAAUGCACGGAGGGCUGGUUUGGGCGGUAGCGUGGAGUAAUUUUGCUGCGAGGAAAAGGUUUGCAACUUAAUUGUCAAUGUCAAAGCUCUCAUUGGUGGUGCCCACUCACGUCCAAGAGGGAGUUUUCAAAUUCCCAAGCAUUUCAAAAUUCAAAUUUGAGGAGAGGUGGAGCUGAUGAGGUGGCACUAGUGGGUCCAACGUUGAGUUUCAAGUUUGAUCCCCAAAUUUAAACCUCCCUCCGUUUGGUUCGCUGAGAGGGAAAUUCAAAGUGUAAUCGGAUCUAGUAUUUACAUUUGCAGUAAAUAAUUUAAAAGAAAAGCUUUCUGACUUUUUAGU